AAAAAGCAAACAAAGAUAGAGGAGAAGAAGAGUCUUUUGCAUCUCGUAUAUUGAAUAAUGGCACCCAAGCAGCCCGAAAAGUUCGAGAGUCCUCCGAUGGCAUCGGCAUCUGAAGAAGAAGAGUCUGGUUCUUCUGGUGAAGAGUCUGACUCUACUGAAAAAGGAUCUGGUUCUUUUGGUGAAGAGUCUGACUCUUCGGAUGGAUUCGUAUCAAAGAAAGAAGCGCAUUCCAAGAAGCCGGUGGUUCCUACCAGUGUUGUGAACCAGCCUUCUGGUUCUAAGACGACCACCAAACCGAGUCACGUGGGAACGAAGCGAGUAAGCGAGAAAACAGAUGAAGGGAGUAAGAAGAAAAUGAAGAUGAGCGAGGAUGAUGUGAAGAACGACGAAAAGCCAAAGCAAAAUCUGUUUGCCAGGAAAUUCAGCAAAGAGGAUGAAGUCAUUAUCCUUCAAAGUAUCAUAGAUUUCAAUACUAGGAGUGAAUACCCUAGUGAUGCUUUCUAUGAGGAUGUCAAAAAAUCGAUUAGUUUUGAUGCUUCUACAGAUCAGUUAGUUACCAAAAUUCGGAAUUUGAGGAGAAAAUUUGAUGAAAAAAUUCUCAAGUCCCUUGAAAAAGGAAAGACUGAAGAACAGAUUUUUUCUUCGAAAGGUUUUGACCAGAAAUGUUUUGAUUUAUCUAGGAAGAUUUGGGGAAGUAACGGUUUUUUGUCUUCCAAAUCAAAGACAAUGCUCCAAGGACAGCAGCUUGGAGGAAAAGUCAAAAAGGAUGAUGAAGACGAAGAUCGAGAGAAACAUGUCAUAAGUUCUCCUUUGUCUUAUGGUCAAGAGUUGGUUUCUUUCAUUACGGUUGAGAAUCCGACUAUGUUGGGAAUGGAUGAAGCAAAGUGGAUUGCAAAUUGGGAUAAGGUCAAAGAUGGACCAGAGAAGAGAGAGUUGGAAUUUAUUUUGAAGAAGUUGCAAGCUAUGCAAGCGGAGCUUGUUAUGAUGAGGAUUGGAUUUAUAAACGACACAGCUUCUGUGUUAUUCAAACAAGACAAGGCAUCUUCUUCCGGUAAGUAGAUGAAAGAGCUGGUGGUAUGUUGGUGUAAUGUUUUUUACCCUUUUCUUUUUUGCAUUUGCGGCUUUAGUUGUUUUGUUAACAUUUUAUCGGUGGUUUGGCUUUUUAUGUCUUUUGUUGUGUUAGCUUUUCUAUCGGAUAUUUUGUGUUUGCACCUUUUGUUGGAUGCUUGAUUGGGUAGAAGACCCCUUCGUUUAUGUGAACUGAUAUUUUUAUGUUUUUGAUUAUAUCUUUGGAAUUGCCUUUAAACACAUGCACGAUUCAAUAAAGAGUAGUUUCUGUU